CUUCUACUAAAAAAAAAAAUAAAGUUUAUUCCAUCCUGGCUUAUAUGCAUGUCAAAUAAAACAAACGAGAAAGAAGACGGUCCCCCCUUCUAGUCAUCCAAGUGCGGUUAAUAAAAAAAAAAAGAUUUUUAGGUCACUCUACAAGUGCUGUGCAUAAAGAAAGAAAUGAAAAAAAAAUAGAGACUUGGCUUUUUUAAAAAAAAAAAAUAAUAAUAACCGCGCAGCAAAAUUAUUUCCCUUACCUCUUUUUUCUUUUAUUUCUUAAUGUCGACUCAAGUGCUUUCUCUUUAUCGUCAAUUCCUUCGUCAUGGCAAAAAGUUUGCUUCUUAUAACUUUAGGGAUUACACCAUUCGCCGUUCAAAAGAUGGAUUUCGUGCCAACAUGAAUGAAACAAAUCCUGAAAAGAUUACUGCCUUGCUCGAAAAAGCUAAACAUGACUUGGAUGUAGUGAAACGUCAAGCUGCGAUCAGUCAAAUGUAUACUAGAGGUGAACACUUGGUUGUUGAAAUACCUCGUAGAGCUUAAAUACCUAAAUAAAUAAAUAUCAUUUUACCACACACAUACACAUAUUGUCAUGAAUGUAUAUUUGAGAUAAAAAAAUCAAUGGUGCAACAUGUCCAUUCAGCGACCUUAUCUACCUCAAAUGCAGGCCAGCCAUUGUGGGAAAAAAAGGACACCGUUCGUUGGAUAAAAAAAAAGAUUGCUAUAAAAGGAAAUAAGUUAAGUGUGAGUCACAAUGGGC